AUGCUAACACUUCUCGCAACAGUAAAUGGAGCUCUCACAGAUCCCACAAAUGCACAUGACUUGACUGAACCCGCGGAAUCCGCCAUCAAAGAUCCAGCUGUGUUGCUUGGUCUUGCCGAUGGCUCAAAUCCAUACACGAAUUUGCCUUCAGCUUCAGGUGCCUGGCCAACAGGAUCCGGCUCUGGCGCUAGCACUUGGCCUCUUCCUUCGGGGUCUACUCUCUGGCCGUCAGGCACAGAAACAGCCACAGCCACAGCCACAUACAGCUGGCCCACAGGCUCCGGUUCCUCGGACUGGGAAGGAGGAGAUUCGUCGGAUUGGGGAGGUGGAUCAGGGAACUAUGACGGCGGCUGGGCCAACAUACGUCCAUGGCCAGCGAGCUGGGGAACUCGUCCCAAGAACUACAGGACAUUUCGAAUCGUGCACGCGACGCUGGCAGCGGGUGCAUUCCUGAUUUUCUUUCCCGUGGGAGGGAUCGUAAUGCGAAUAUCUCGCCAUCCGAACGCAGUACGGGUCCACGCAGCCGUGCAAACAACGGGGUACAUCACGUUCAUGACUGCGGGUGGGUUCGGCAUCUGGAUGGCGAAGAAGGUCCACGGACUUGACGGAUACCACCCGGUCAUCGGUCUACUGUUGGUCUGCUUCAUCAACCUCCAACUCCUAAGCGGUCUCGUCAACCGUUUCUUUCGAGGAGGUCGGCAGGGCUUCCCCCCAUCUCUCGCCGUCCUGCGCCAAGCGCACGUAUGGCUCGGCCGCUCCUUUAUCCUUCUGGGGAUGAUCAACGGCGGCCUGGGGCUGAGGUUCGCCUCGACACUGCCUGUUUUCCAGUGGCCCAAGGGCCCCAAGGCCGCGUACGGCGUCGUCGCGACCAUCGUCUUCAUCAUCUAUUUGGCCGUGACUAUUGUGUGGUGGGAACUUGAACGACCUCGUCGUCCCGACCCUGGUCCGCUUCAUCAACCGAGUGGUCGUGACCCGUUGACCACCCCCACCACCGCCACCAACAGCAACAGCAACAGCAACAACAACAAGAGCAAUGUCGACGCAAACAAUGAUGACGGUGGUGGUGGUGGUGGUGGUGGUGGUGGUGAUGGAACCACCAGAGACAGCAGAAUCAUAACUGAGAAACCAUCGUCGGCGGUGACCACGACCGUAGGAAGCAAGAGAAGUCGGAGCAAGCAGUAG